AUGUAUGAAGACAGCAAGGAAAGUCUUCAUGAACAGGACAUAGCACCGUCUCCGGUAACUUGGGAUGGUCCAAAUGAUCCUCAGAAUCCUCAGAAUUGGAGUCUACGCCAGAAGUGGAUCAUUACCCUUGUCACUUCAGGAGUAACCAUUAAUGCCACAUUCUCUUCAUCGGCUCCAAGCUCAGCGACCACGAGGAUCAUAGAACAGUUUGCUAUCUCAAGCGAAGUGUCCUAUGUUGUGACGAGUGUCUAUCUGCUAGGAUAUGUGUUCGGUUCGUUUUUCUUCGGUCCUGGGAGCGAAGUGGUUGGGCGUAAACGUAUUCUGGUGAUCACCAUGUGUUGCUACACUCUUUUCAUCCUGGGCCAAAUUUUUGCACCGAACAUUCAAACCCUUAUCGUCACCCGUUUCUUCAGCGGUUUUUUUGCCUCCUCCCCCCUCACCGUCGGCGGCGCCGUUCUGGCUGACCUUUGGGCUGGCAAAGACCGUGGCCUCCCUUCCAGUAUCUUUUCUGGCAGCGUCUUUCUGGGUCCCGCUUUGGGUCCACUCGUAGGUGGAUUCGUUGCGGAAUCAAGCCUCAAAUGGAAUUGGAUCUUUUGGGUCAUGUUCAUCUUUGCUGGAGCGUCAACUCUCGUAAUGAUUGUGCUGCUCCCUGAGACUUGUUCAUUAGUGCUUCUGUCGAGGAAAGCCAAGAGAUUAAGGAAACAGGCAGCGACACCGCAGGUUGCGAAGGCUAUAUUCACAGAGCACGAAAGAAAAGAAACCACAAUCGGCGAAAUGGUCCGCGUGACAUUUUGCAGGCCAUUCCUAAUGCUUGCUGAGGAGCCUAUUUUGGUGCUUGUGACAGUGUACAUGUCUAUCGUAUAUGGUCUUCUUUAUGCUCUGUUCGAGGCAUUCCCAAUCAUCUUCAUGGAACGACACGGACUGAGCUCCAGUCAGAACGGCCUCAUCUUCAUCGGUGUCGGCAUCGGAAGCACAAUUGGUGCAGUCUUAAACUGGCAUCUCACUGAAACGUUAUAUGUACCCCAUUACGCUCGGUGGAAAGGCUUUCCGCCUGCAGAGUACCGUCUUUGGGGUGCUAUGGUCGGGAGCCCAGCGUUAGUGAUUGGCACAUUCUGGCUUGGUUGGACAGGAAACUAUGAGAGUAUAUCGUGGGCGGCUCCGGCUGUAGCAACUGUCUUUCUAGGCUUUGGUAUCUUUUUGAUCUUUACGUCGUUUUUGACCUAUCUUAUCGACACCUACCUCAUGUACUGUGCUUCUGCAUUCGCAGCGAAUACCAUAAUUCGAUCACUCGUCGCUGCUGCCUUUCCACUAUUCACAGUGCAGAUGUUUCAAACUCUGGGCAUCGGAUGGGCAGCCUCGCUUAUAGGUUUUAUUGCGCUCUUGCUGGCACCCAGUCCAUUCCUAUUUUACAAGUAUGGUGCACGAAUUCGGGCCAAGAGCAAAUUUGCUCCUUGUAUCGACCUCAAGAUUGCGAAAGAGCUGGAGAAGUCAAAGUUUUUUGCAAUUUAG